CCCGCCGGCCCCGGGCCCAGGAGCCCCGGUCGGGGCGCGCAGUCGGCGCGGAGCUCCGCGGAGCCAUGACCUCCCGCAGGUGGUUUCAUCCCAACAUCAGCGGAAUCGAGGCAGAGAAGCUGCUCCUGACCAGGGGUGUCCAUGGCAGCUUUCUGGCUCGCCCCAGUAAGAGCAACCCAGGAGAUUUCACGCUCUCGGUCAGAAGAAACGAUGAGGUGACGCACAUUAAGAUCCAGAACACGGGGGAUUACUAUGACCUGUACGGAGGGGAGAAGUUUGCCACCCUUGCCGAGCUGGUGCAGUACUACACCGAGCAGCAGGGGCUGCUGCGGGAGAAGAACAGCAACGUCAUCGAGCUCAAGUACCCCCUCAACUGCCAGGACCCCACCUCGGAGAGGUGGUACCAUGGGCACCUCACUGGCAAGGAGGCAGAGAAGCUUCUGACAGAGAAGGGGAAACCGGGUAGCUUUCUGGUGCGGGAGAGCCAGAGCAAACCAGGAGACUUUGUAUUGUCGGUGCUGACAAAUGAGGAUAAGAUGGAGACUGGGGACCGAAAACCGCACGUGACCCACGUGAUGAUCCACUACCAGCCAGACGGGAAGUACGACGUGGGAGGAGGAGAGAGGUUCGACACCCUCACAGACCUGGUGGAGCACUAUAAGAAAAACCCCAUGGUGGAGAAAUCGGGAGCUGUGGUUCAUCUGAAGCAGCCAUUCAACGCCACGCGCAUCAACGCAGCUAACAUUGAGAACAGGGUGAAGGAGCUGAACAAAAUGGCAGAUCACAGUGAGAAGGCCAAGCAAGGGUUCUGGGAAGAGUUUGAGAUGCUGCAGCAGCAAGAGUGCAAGCUCCUCUACCCGAGGAAGGAGGGGCAGCGACCAGAGAACAAGGCGAAGAACCGCUACAAGAACAUCCUUCCCUUUGAUACCACGCGGGUGGCACUCCAGGAUGUAGAUGAGAGCGUGCCUGGGUCAGACUACAUCAACGCCAACUAUAUCAAGAGCAUCCCUGAAGAUGGAAGGAACUCGGAGCACUGCAAGGUCUAUAUAGCCACCCAGGGCUGCCUGCAGACCACAGUGAAUGACUUCUGGGCCAUGGUGUAUCAAGAGAACAGCCACGUCAUUGUCAUGACGACCAAGGAGGUGGAGCGGGGCAGGAACAAGUGCUUCCGCUACUGGCCAGACAAGGGUUGCACCAAGGAAUACGGGUGCAUCUCCGUGAGGAACGUGAGCGAGCGCGAGGCCCAGGGCUACUACCUUCGGGAGCUGGAGAUCUUGCGGACCGACCGGGAUGAGCGCCCGAGACUGGUGAAGCACUAUCAGUAUUUUAGCUGGCCAGACCACGGGGUGCCCAAUGAACCAGGAGGGGUGCUGAGCUUUCUGGACCAAGUGAAUCGGGCACAGCGAAGCAUUCCAGGCACGGGGCCCAUCAUAGUGCACUGCAGUGCUGGAAUAGGACGCACAGGCACCAUCAUAGUGAUAGAUAUUCUGGUGGAUAUUAUUCACAGGCAAGGUCUGGACUGCGAUAUCGACAUCCCCAAGACUAUCCAGAUGGUACGCCGGCAGCGGUCGGGGAUGGUGCAGACCGAGGCCCAGUACAAGUUCGUUUACAUGGCUGUCCAGCAGUACAUCGAGGCUGAGCAGAAGAGGUUGGAAGAAGAACAGAGGAAUAAAAGGAAAGAGCGAGACUACUUGAACAUCGGCUACUCCCCUAUGGAAAAAGGCAGAGCCAAAGGGCAGCCCCCUUCACCACGGACCCAGUCUGUGGUUGAUGAUGACUCAGCUUCCGUCUACGAGAACCUUAACAUCAAAAGCCCAAAGGUUUCAGGGAUGAGUAAUACGGGGCGAUAAAGGAGCCGGAGGUGAGCUGUAUGGAGGCUGUACAGGAUUUACAGUGUUUACGUCCACCCUUUCCAAGUUCUGCAACUGCGGACAAUUAUGUUUUUGCCCGUCUUGCCUUCCCCAAGCACCUUGGAUUCAGCGAGGAAGUAAGAAGCAGAGUCUGCGCCUCAGAACACGCCUUGACCUAACUUAUUCGGGAGAAGGCUCUUCUCCCCUGUAUCAGUAGGUUGAUAUUUAUGUGGAAGUGCCUCUGGACAUUCAUUUAGGGCGUCAGGGCUCAGUUUGGGGUUUUGUGUUUUUUAUUUUAUUUAAGAUUCUUAUUUUUUACACUCAAAUUGUUAAAAGGAACGGAAAUGACUAUUCGCUUAGGAGCUUUCCCAGGGUUGCCCGCUCCGGGCGUCAGUAAAAUGUUAGUCCACUUUUAAUGUUUUCAUUAGGUCCAUCAUUUCUAAAGCUAGGAGCGUUUUUAGACUAAAUCCUGGAGUAACUUUGCUGCCCGUGAGGGUGAGAAGCAGAGAGAGCUGCCUGGACCCCUGGGUGUUUGCUGCUCUGCUGGUUGUUCUUCUCAUGCUUCCUUUUUGGCUGUACCGGGUCAGGGUUUCUGUGCAGCCCCCCCGGAGCACACCGAGCAGCCCCAGGUGUGUGUGUGUGUGUGUCUGAGAGAUUGGCAGCAGAAUUGAGACAACGGGGGGGAGCAUCUCCAUCUCUGGUCUGGAUGAUGAUCUGUGUGAGGUCCCACCUAGCUCAUGGGCGCUUUGACUGCACGCUGUGCUUUCAGCCACCCCAACCAAGUGACAGCUGAGGAUGAUAAUCCCAGCUGAACUCUUUGAGCUGGACCCCUCCAAGCUUGAUGCAGCUCUGCCCUUACCUUGCUGCAUCACCUCUUUAUUUAAUCCCCCCCCUGCAACUAUACCACAAGGCAAGCAUUGUGUCUGCUGAGUUAAGGGUGUUGUAGGAGCGUUUGUGACUUGACCAGUGCCAUGAAGAUGAGUGUGUCACCAUGUGGAGCGUUCCAGCUCUGUCGAUGAGUCUCAACUUGUGACUGCCAGUGCUUCCUGCUGUUCCAGCCCUAAGGCCUGACAAUAGUCCUGCCAAAGAACCCUGUCCUGCAGGAUUCAUCAGUCUCUGAAAGCGCGCUCUGUGGGGAGCCUUGGGUCUGAGAACCAGUGCCUGAACCUCCAGAGCUUGUGUGGAACUGAAGCUGAGGUCCUCCUGGGUCUGAGGGACAGUGCCUGAACCUCCAGAGUUUGUGUGGGGCUGAUGCUGAGGUCCUCCUGGGUCUGGGGAACAGUGCCUGAACCUCCAGAACUUGUGUGGAGCUGAAGCUGAGGUCCUCCUGGGUCUGAGGAACAGUGCCUGAACCUCCAGAGCUUGUGUGGAGCUGAAGCUGAGGUCCUCCUGGGUCUGAGGAACAGUGCCUGAACCUCCAGAGCUUGUGUGGAACUGAAGCUGAGGUCCUCCUGGGUCUGAGGGACAGUGCCUGAACCUCCAGAGCUUGUGUGGGGCUGAAGCUGAGGUCCUCCUGGGUCUGAGGGACAGUGUCUGAACCUCCAGAGCUUGUGUGGGGCUGAAGCUGAGGUCCUCCUGGGUCUCUGGGACUGCAUGGACUUGCUGUGUGGUUGGGUUAUUAGUGCCUGGAGUUGCCAGCUGCAAGUGUUGAGCAGAAGGGGUUGAACAAAAGCACAAUGACAUACCUUGGCUGUAUUUCCUGGCUGGUCUUUCUGGUCCCUUGUCACAGGGACAGGAGAACUGUUUAUUUUUAUUGCACUUUUAAUAAAUGUUGAAUAUUCUCA